AUGUCUUAAAAUUAAAGUAAUAAUCCACUAGGUUAAUCUUUAAUUGAUCAACAAGUAAAAAGUAACACUAGCGGCACUUAAUUUUUCCGUCGAUCAAUAAAUGAGGUACCUGUCCCAAGAUUUGACAGUCCCUUCCAAUUUGGUCGAAAAUCCUACUAAUUAACCAAAGCCCAACCAAUAAACAUUAUUUUAUCCACAGAAACCGAAAUCCCUCCCCAAUAACUACCCGAAUCUGAAAAAACUGGUGAAAAAACUAUCCAGUAAGCCCAAAAAAUAAUAGAAAACCAAGAUUUUAAAAAACUCUUAGAUUUCGUAGAAGAUAACUAAGACGCAAUUAUAAAUACUUAGAAAAAUCCCGUAUAAAAUUCUCAUAGAAUGUCUGAGGUAAAAAAAGUAACAUUUCUAGAAGGCUUUGGUGACUAGUAAGACUAAAAUUCAUUGAAUUUCCAAACUGACAGAGUAUCUAAGAUCCAGCAAGCUGCUCGUUAAACCAUAUUCCUAAGUUCCAGUUUAAACUUCAAUAUAGACGAUGUAAUGGGUUUCGAAGAUAAUAAAUUUCUAAUAAGAAACGGCGGUUCAAGAAAUAUCCAAAUAUGCCAUAAACGAAAAUUUAAUAAGUGCCUUAGGGGCUUAUAAAAACGAAAUAAUAGAACAAAGAAAUUAAUUUGA